UCGCGCUCUCGCUCGCGCCCCCGCCCGUCGCCCGCGCAAGCCAGGCAUGAAUGCUGAGACUUGCGUCUCCUACAGCGAGUCGCCGGCUGCUGCCAUGGACGCCUACUACAGCCCGGUGUCGCAGAGCCGGGAAGGCUCGUCACCUUUUAGGGCAUACCCCAGCGGCGAUAAGUUCGGCACAACUUUCCUCUCCGCCGCCGCCAAAGGGCAGGGAUUCGGGGACGCCAAGAGCCGGGCUCGCUACAGCGCGGGGCAACAGGACCUGGCGGAGCCCCUGGAGAGUGGCGCCGGGGCGCGGGGCUCUUUUAACAAGUUCCAACCCCAGCCACCGGCCCCGCAGCCGCCGCAGCCGCAGUCACAGCCGCAGCCGCAGCCGCCGGCUCAGCAACCGCAUCUCUACUUGCAGCGAAGCGCCUGCAAGACGCCCCCGGACGGCAGCCUCAAACUCCAGGAAGGCCACAACGCGGCCUUGCAGGUCCCCUGCUACGCCAAAGAGAGCUCCCUGAGUGAGCCAGAGUUACCACCUGACUCUGACACCGUGGGGAUGGACAGCAGCUACCUCGGGGUGAAGGAGGCUGGGGUGAAGGGGCCCCAGGACCGGGCCAGCGCCGACCUCCCCAGCCCACUGGAGAAGGCCGACUCAGAGAGCAACAAGGGCAAGAAGCGGCGGAACCGAACCACCUUCACCAGCUACCAGCUGGAGGAGCUGGAGAAGGUCUUCCAGAAGACCCACUACCCCGACGUGUAUGCACGGGAGCAGCUGGCCAUGAGGACGGACCUCACCGAGGCCCGUGUGCAGGUCUGGUUCCAGAACCGGAGGGCCAAGUGGAGGAAGAGGGAGCGUUUUGGGCAGAUGCAGCAGGUUCGAACCCACUUCUCCACGGCCUACGAGCUGCCCCUCCUCACUCGAGCUGAGAACUACGCCCAGAUUCAGAACCCGUCCUGGAUCGGCAACAAUGGGGCCGCCUCACCGGUGCCAGCCUGCGUGGUCCCCUGUGACCCGGUGCCAGCCUGCAUGUCCCCUCACGCCCAUCCCCCUGGCUCUGGGGCCAGUGGCGUCACCGACUUCCUGAGUGUGUCCGGGGCCGGCAGCCACGUGGGCCAGACGCACAUGGGUGGCCUAUUUGGAGCGGCGGGCCUCAGCCCCGGCCUCAACGGCUACGAGCUCAACGGGGAGCCAGACCGCAAGACCUCGAGCAUCGCGGCCCUGCGCAUGAAGGCCAAGGAGCACAGCGCGGCCAUCUCCUGGGCCACAUGACAGGGCCCCCCCCCCCCCGUCCCUCCCCCACCUCGGGGCACUGGCCACGCCCACGCUUUCCUGGCCCCCAGCCUCCCACUCGACUUUCCUCUUAGGAACCUGGCCUGGGCCGGGGACCUGACCCUCAGCACUUUCAGCCACCCCAAGUCUGAGGCCGCGUGGACUGCUGGGAGGGAGGGGACAGCAGGCCCCUGCCCCCCGGCACCGAGGCCGAGACCCCUGCUCCUGGCCAGAGGCAGUGGAGGAAGUGGUGGCCGAGUUUGCGGCUUUGCAUCCAUUACAAGCUGAAGACCCCUCUCCCCGCUCCUGCUCCUCCAUCCUGCCCAGUCUGACCAUUGAGUCCAGUUUAAAUUCCCAUCGAGACCCAGCAACAGCAACUGUGUCAUCACGUCCGUCCUUCCUUCUUCUGUGUGGUCCCUGGUCACCGGCCCGUGACUGUGUCUGAAGAACAGUCCUCCCGUCUCCUUUCCUCUUCCCCAAACCCCACGGAAUCUGGCCUCCUGGACCCAAGUCACCUGCCUCACCUUCACCCCUAUGCUGGACACACCCAGAGCGAGUGGGCAGAGGAGGGGGAGCUGGAGCCAAAGAAUCCAGCUGUCACCCCGCAAUGCUGACAUGCCCAGGCCCUCACACCCCAAAACUCUGGAUCCGGGUGAACACCACAGGGAAAGAUGCAGACCCCCAUGGUACCUGUGUGCCGGAGGAAGGAGGUCCAGAGAGAAAGGGCUGCAGGGAGGUGUCCGGGUGGGGGCAGGGCUUGUGCACACGGUCCUCUCUGGCCACCUAACAUCCCACUUCGGGCAGGAUGACAGCGACGGGCAGGUGGGGCAGCUGUGUUCUCUAUCCAGGCAGGCCCCUCAGGAGGGUCUUUCUCCAUCCCCGUCCCAUCCUGGUCACUCACUGGGGCUGCUGAUCAGUGUCCUGGCAUGGAAGGACUUAUCCCUGGGACCCGAGCUAGGGCCUGGCACAGCGGCAGAGGGUUGAGAGCAGGUGCGGGAUUUGCUGGAAGAUUUGUGCCCACACUCGGCCUCCGGGCAGCAGGGUGGCCUUCUGCUGCCUCAAACUGCUUUUCCCUCAUCAGCCAUCUCUGGUGCACUGCCAGACCUUCCAGAGCCUUCCAUGGCAGGUGGGGGCUCCGUGGCCUUCCAGGCAGGAGGCAGACAGAGCCCACCUUGACACUUGUCCCCUAGGGGAUCAGUCGGCCCCUCUCUCUGGCCUCUGGCAGGGCUCAAGGGGCCGAGCUCCCCUGAGUCACUUGCUGUUCUAGAUGUGGGGACAGGGUGUCCUUGGGAAGUGCAUUUCCCUGCCUGUAGGAAGGGGCCUCCUGGGGGGGGGGGGCGCUCCUUAUCUGCCCAACUUGAUACCUGCAGCUUAAUCCCAGCUGUCACCAAAGCUUGGGGCGCUCAGUAUCUGUCCUCCAUGGCGGCCUUUCGGGGCCCCGGAGUCCAUGGCAGGUAGCCCCUGGGAGAAGCACUUGCUGUUUUUACCUUCUCCCUUGAUCCUGUCGGUGAGGUGGGCCAGGUCCCUCAGGCCCCGGCGCCUGGGCGCAGCUCAGCCUCUGGGUGGGGCGGAGAGGUGUGGGGUCCUCUGGCCCCAGCUGCCCGGGGCUCAGAGGAAAUCGCAGCCUCCACCUCAGCCUCCCGUUCUCAUCGGCUCCAGACACAGGAUGGGAAGGACCUGGCUUUGGCCUCCCUUGAAAGGAGUCCGGCCUGUUUGGGAGCCGGAGCUCUGACAUCAAUCUCGGACAACGACAGGGGUCUUGGCAUUGAAUUAGGUUUACUGGAGGCUUGGCUGUCCAGGUUUCAUUCGCUGGAGUGUCUGGGAGUGACUCUUAGGAAGCCUUUCCAGUUCCGAGGUUCACCGAGAUAACUCAGACUCCCCAAAAUCUAGCAAGGAAAAGGGAGAAACUGCUUGGGGCUGGGAACGGUCCCCCGUUUCCUCCUCAAAAGCUGUGGUGGCCAGAAGGAUACAAGGACUUUCACCAGGAGAGAAUCAGGGUGCAGAGAACACCCCAAGGAGGGGAGAGGGAGGCUCGAGGUGGAAUCCUCUGGAAGGGACCCCUGGCACCAAGUUCUCUGUCUGCGUUCUGGCUGGACUUGACGUCCGUCAGGCAAGUUUCAACCACAAUGCCUGAGAAGCAAAAGCCCCUGGUAGACGCGGGCGCUGUGGCCCUGGCUGCCUGUCCCACCGACUGGGCCCAGUCUUAAUGGUUAAAAUGCCACCCACCCCCAGGCCUGCCUAACACUGAGAAUCUCACCACCAAGCUGGGGGGCAGGGGGUGAUUCUAGUUAGUUCAAGGCCUUCAGGGUGGAGACAAGCAGGCCGGCCGAGGGGAGGAGGACCCCCUGCCCUGUUCAGCCAGAGGCACAGAAAGGGGAGGAGCCUGCCCUGCGCCAGGCUGCGGGCCUCGGGCAGCAGGUGCAGAGCACCCCAGCACCUGGGGGCUUCCCAGCCCGCCGGCAGCUCAGCUCUCCGCCUGGGCUCCCCCCUUCAGCCUUCUCUGCUCUUUCCCAGUUGGGUGCCCAGGCCAGGCCUGCUGUUGUAGGGCGGAGGCACCCCGAAGCAGCUCCCGGGUCUGCGUCCUCAGGAAGGCAGGCAGAGAGGAGGGCCAGCCGGGUGGCUUCGGGCUGGAAGGCGAGGUUUCCCUGGCUGUUCGCCUGAGGUCUGGCAGACGUGGCAGCCGGAGCGACGGGCAGCAGGCGGCCAGUGGGCAGCCUCCCUGCGGCCACUGCCCCGGGGCAUGAAGGCGAGGGCUUGGGGCAGGCGCGGGGAGGCCGGUCCCUCCUCCCCAGUGGCACUUGGAGGACCGGCUUUGUGACUCUCCGGAAGUGCCUUCGACUACACCCGAUUCCCGGCUCUCGGCCCCCCUCCCGCUCUGGGAAGCCCGUGGCCAGGUCAGCUCACGGCACUGCGAAGGUGGGGACACGCCACGCUGGCCCAGCUCCAGGCCCCUUCUGCCCUCGCUGCCCUCGUAGCCAAGAGGAACUUCCCCACGGAAACUACCACGUGUCCUGCUUACACUAGCCUGCCUCUGGGCUGGGUCCCGGGGAGACCACCGUGAGGGCCCUCCGGGGCUUCGGGGCGCACGAUGGCCCUGAAUGUCGGGUGCAGAGGCCCACAGGCCUAGCGGGGGAGGAUGGCUGGCAAACUGGCCCCCAGGAUAACGGCCCAUGACCAUGAAAGAGAAGAUCGAGAAGCCCACACAAAUCCUCCUUCUCCAAGUCGCCCACUUCACGCUGUGAAGGAUGCCGGAGAGAGGGAGGGGUCCCCGUGAACACAGUACCUACCCUUGCCCGCCCCGCCCGCCCCCUUCACUAGUACAUAGAGCUAGGCCUUUAUACUACUGAUUUGAAGGACAGAUUUCAGUGUCCGGCAGUCUGGGUGCAGUGGUUGGAGAGAGAACUGAGCUAGAAGGAACACAACCUCAACCCACGCUGACUGUUCUCAUUGUAAGAUAUUUUAACCCUGUAUAAACGCAACUUCUCCUUUAGCUU